AUGCAGGUUACAGAAGAGCCCUUGAUAGCUGCCGCUCUACUCAACCAAACGAGAACCCCCCCUUUCCGCAGAAACAUUGAUGAGGAACAUAAGGGGAGCGCAGGGACAUUUGCAUUGAGCAAUGAGCCCAUUUAUUACGCCCCCAGUGGGGGUUUGGCGCCGUGCGCGGUCAUCAGCAGACAGUUAAGCGGGCAUGAGGAGGAUAGCGGCGAGGACGGCGCUGAAGUUGGCGGUGAAGAUGGCGUCGAAGACAGCGCUGAGGACAGAGACGAUGAUGACGGCUUGCCCGAGGGACGCUUUCCGUACGAAGAAGGAAAAAAGAGUGGCCUUGUAAGAGACACACCCAGCCACCACUUGGACGGAGAUGAGGAUGAACAUACCGCAGAAGAUGGAGGAGCGAAGCGAAAAAUGAGUAAGAAGGAGGAAGAGGCGGAGGAUAACAAAAUUGACGAGUUGGUAAAUGCGGAAAUGAAAAAGCACGAAGCGGAGGAAGAGCCGGACAAGGAUCCCGACGCAGAACCAGAAAAAGAGGACCAGGGAAGUGGCCAAGGACGAAGGCCAAAGCUGAGGUGCGCAAACAAACUAAAUUACAUACAGGUGACGGGGAAUGGCCAAAGAGAGGAAGACCUAUUUGGCGAAAACGACGAGGAGGGAGCCCCAGCUUUCGUGGAAAUACCCCAUAAGAUUAAGGAAGACAUCGACGGCAUGACAACUAAGCACAACGAAAGGGAGGAAGCAGGUGAAGCAGAGGAAGCACAUGACCGUAUUGACCGAGCGGAAAAUGAAAACAAUGCGAACGACACAAAAUUUGUGGAGGGGAAUGCCUACAUGCAGGAGGGAGAACAGCACAGCGAAGAUUCGACUGGUCCAAUAGGGGAGAGAGAAAGAGAAAGGAGUAGUUCCCCCUCGAAUGGAUAUACCCAAAACAGUUUUGUCGACCUCAAAACUGUGUCUGAUAAAUUGCCCCUUAAUUAUACCAACUCGUUUGAUAACCCCCUAUUCCACAACAAAUUGGAGAAAACAGUUCAGAAGCACUUACCCUGGCCUGUCCUGGCGUCCAACUCUGGUUCCAACGGCGGGUCCUGGGCAGACGUCAACAGUAGUACCUACAAUGUUAGUCCAUUCAGUUUCGCCUCAAUACAUACUCGUAAUGCUUUGCACCUAAUGCCGAUGAAUUUUCAAGUUCAAAACUCCAUCGUGAAGUUAAGUGAUGAGGUGUAUGACAAAUUAAAUCUUAAAAACAGUGUCAAUGUGUAUGACAAUAAUGAAUUGGUAGCCUAUAAGUAUGAGAACUUUGAGGUAAAGGAAGGGGAAGAAUAUAAUAACGGAGAUAAAAUGAAUGAAGAAAAGAAUGGAGAGGGGGCUUCCGGUGGGGAAGGGGGUUCCGAUGGGGAGGGGAAUUCCGAUGGGGAGGGAGAUGCAGAUUCGAAAUCAGAUCAGAACAACGGUUCAGAUGGACGUGGGUUCUUCGAUGGGACCUUGGUCACCUACACCAUUGUCAUUUUAAUAGGUGUUAUAAUUGUGCUGCUAUGUUUUGUUAUUUAUUACUACGACUUAAUAAACAAGGUGAAGCGGCGAAUGAGCGCAAAGCGGAAGAACAACAAAUCCAUGACCAUCGCGAAUAACACUUCCGCGGGGAUGUACAGGGACGACACCUACAAGGAGAGUGCCCACGUUUGA